ACCGCAGGCAGCCAGGCAACUGCCGGGCGGAUUUUCACGGCUAAAAAUAUCUUGGUACGUAUCUGCUGGUCGAGUUUCCAAGGGCUCGUGGCUCAGCCGCCUCGAGGCCCAGCUAUCAUCUCGUCUUGCUGGCAUCCAGUUCUCCAUUAAGGCACCCUCCCUACCGGACUGUCUCUCGAGGAGGGUCUAGGCCUGCAACGCUCGGGAGGCGGCUGCCAUAACGACGAUGGGAAUUUACUCCAAAAGAAUGCAGUUGGGCAGCUUGUGAUUGGCCGAUUCCGAGCGCUCGUUCUCUGUUCAGUCCCGCCCUGCCGGAAGGAAUAGAUUCGAGCUCGGUCUUUGCUGUCGUCGCUUCGGCAGAUAUUUCUGACAUGAAGAAACUUUUGUUGAUUGAUGCUGAUUGUGGUGUUGAUGAUGCUCAAGCGAUUAUGAUGGCUCUUGCAAAUCCCAGUGUAGAAGUCCUGGGGAUUACUUGCACUUAUGGGAACAACCUGUUGGAAAAUACAUCAAGAAAUGUACUCCGUGUGCUGCAAGUUUGUAAUAAGCUUGAGAUUCCAGUUUAUCCUGGAGCUGCUACUCCUCUACUUGGUGGACCUGUUAUAGGGGCACAGUUCCAUGGUGAAGAUGGAUUGGGCGAUGCUCCUGAUCCUAAUGCCCCAGGAACAGAACUUCUGCAGAAGGAAAAUGCUGUGACUGCAAUAUUAAGAAUAAUCAAUGGGCGGCCAGGUCAGGUAUCUCUGGUUGCUCUUGGUCCACUGACGAAUAUAGCAUUAGCAGUGAAAAUGGACCCAUCACUUCCCAAGAAACUUAAAAAUUUGUUCAUCAUGGGAGGAAAUACUGAAUCCAGAGGAAAUAUUAAAGUGUGUGGAGAAUUCAAUUUUGCAACUGAUCCUGAAGCUGCUUACAUUGUCUUAAAUGAGUAUACCUGCCCAAUGUAUAUUGCAGCCUGGGAGUUCACCUGUGCCUGCUCACUGCCCUGGGAAUUCUACCAUGAAUGGGUAAAUCAGAAUACCGAGAAAGCCAGGUUCAUGAAGAAAAUCUUUGCUCAUUCUUUAAAAUUCGCAAAACCUCACUUGGGCUUUGUUUCUUGCGACUCUUAUGCUAUGGCUGCUGCCAUUGAUGAAAACUUUGUCACGGAAGUCACAAUAAUUGGCGUAAGUGUUGAGCUCAGUGGCUCUCUAACUAGAGGAAUGAUGGUAAUGGAUUGGUGUGACCAUCUGAAAAAGGAACACAAAGCAUUUGUAAUGAAAAACUGUGAUUUAGGCAAAUUCCAGGCUCUUAUGAUGGAUGCUUUGAAAUAAAAUAGGCUUGUGAGGUUCUCUUCCAAAUAUUUAUGUUAAGUCACUGUUGCUGGGCAAACCAAGAUUUGCCGGAAGCACUAUAAUAGCUCCCCAUGUGAACGGUUCUAUUUGAAUUCCUUUCUAAUUGUUCUGAAGAAUAAAAUAAUCUUUUAAUAUUUCUGCCAGCAUGAAAGAUUUAUAUAUAUAUAUAUAUAUAUAACACUUUUUUUUCCUCUUUUGCACUACAAUUGAUUGAAUCCUUUUCACUGAGUCAUCUAUAGUGACAAACUUUUCAGGAUGAUAAGAGUUAUGCAUCCCUAGGAAAUAUUCAUGAAGGGACCCUUUGAGCAAACUGUAUAAAUUUAAAUAAAUAAAAUAAAGUCUCCAACAUAAUGUUUAUCUUCCUCCUCCUCUGUGGCACUACGAGAUGUUGUUUAUGUUAUUUGUUUCUUUUUUUAUUAAAAG